AUCAUACAGAAAACAAUGAAAUUACUCAGUCAAGCAAUGACCACUGGCCAGACAUCGAGAUCUUCAGCAAAAUGUCUUUUGACCUGAGUGUACAUGACCCCAAAUACAGAACUAUAAGUCCCGUAUACACAGAACAACUGUCAAGAGUGAAACAAGAAACAAGCAAAGAAGCGAAAUCAGAGGAACCCAAGAAAAGGGAGACUGUCUCCAUGAUGUUGACUAAAUACGCAGCUUACAACACGUUCCAUCACUGUGAGCAGUGCCACCAGUACAUGGACAUUAAUCCUGCCGCCCAGGUAUCUGACUCCACUCUGCACGCGUUCACGUUUUCGUCAUCGAUGCUAGGAGAAGAGGUCCAACUGCAUUUCAUAAUCCCCAAGUCCAAAGAGAACCAUUUCGUCUUCAGCAAGCAGGGAAAACAUCUAGAAAGCAUGCGUCUCCCACUGGUGUCUGACAAGCAGAAUUUGAAUGCUGUCAAGAGUCCUAUCUUCACUCCAUCAAGUGGACGUCAUGAGCAUGGCCUCUUGAACCUCUACCAUGCCAUGGAGGGCAUCAGCCACCUUCACCUCCUUGUAGUCAAGGAGUAUGAAAUGCCGCUCUACCGUAAAUAUUGGCCCAACCACAUCAUGCUUGUCCUGCCGGGCAUGUUCAACAACGCUGGCAUUGGUGCUGCCAGGUUUCUUAUUAAGGAACUUUCCUACCACAAUCUAGAACUGGAACGAAACCGCUUGGAGGAACUGGGAGUCAAGCGCCAGUGCGUGUGGCCGUUCAUCGUGGUCAUGGAUGACUCCUGCGUCUUGUGGAACAUGCACAGCGUCAACGAACAGUCGAGCCAAUCCCUGGAGCCUGGGGGUUCCAGCAAGAACGUGUCUCUGAAAAGCGUCCUCCAGCACAUUGAAGCCACCCCCAAAAUUGUCCAUUACGCGAUACUGGGCGUUCAGAAAUGGAACAGCAAGCUGAAUGCCAGGAAAGCAAAGGCUCCGUUCUCCAGGUGCCACGUGCAUGAUUUUAUACUGCUCAACAUAGACCUGACCCAGAAUGUGCAAUAUGACCUAAACAGGUAUUUCUGUGAAGAUGUAGAUUUCAACCUGCGGACGAACAGCAGCGGCCUGCUCGUCUGCCGCUUCAACAACUUCAGUGUCAUGAAGAAACAUAUUCAGGUUGGAGGACAGAAGGACUUUGUCGUUAAGCCAAAAAUCAUGGUUUCGGACAGCCUGGCACCAAUAAUGCCUCUUCAGUAUGUCUGUGCCCCCGACAGUGAGCACACAUUGUUGGCAGCCCCGUCUCAGUUCCUCCUGGAGAAAUUCCUUCAACACGCCACGUACAAGCUCUUCCCGAAGGCCAUUCAUAACUUCAAGAACCCGGUGCUGGCCAUUGACUGCUACCUGAACAUCGGGCUGGAGGCGGCUGUAUGCUACAUCAGUUCCCGCCCGCACUCGGUCAACGUCAGCUGCGAGGGCGUGUUCUUCAGCGGGCUUCUGCUCUACCUCUGCGACUCCUUCGUUGGCGCAGACCUCCUCAAGCGGUUCCGGUUUCUGAAAGGUGCCACCCUGUGUGUCAUAUGUCAAGACAGAAGCUCGCUCCGGCAGACGAUAGUCCGGUUGGAGUUGGAGGAUGAGUGGCAGUUCCGACUUCGGGAUGAGUUUCAAACUGCAAACAGCAGCAACGACAAACCACUCUAUUUCCUCACGGGACGCCAUAUAUAA